AUGGAAGGAGAAAGUAACAGCAAAAAAGACAACAGUUCAGAGCCAGUGUCAUAUGAAAAUGAACAAGACACAAACGACCACGAUGUCUCGGAGGAUCAUCAUCUUCAAAAUCAACAAUUUGGAAAAAUUGAGGCCCAGUGGAAUUGUUUAUCAAAACUACCUUAUAGUAACUAUGUUGAAUAUCUCUCUGAAUCUUCAACUUAUCUUCCAACAGCUGAGUAUAAUUUGGUUGGGAACAAUUAUCAAACACUUGGUGGCACAAACAGCUUCAAUGAUCAAGGAAGAGCUUUUGGUUUUAAACCGAUUGGUUCUUCAAGUAAUGACUAUGGUAGUAGGAAGCAUGUUGGGUUUUGGAGAAACAAUGGAGAAGAAGAAGAAGCAAUUAAAGCUAAAACUGAAACUACUCAAAACCUUCUCAAUGCUGAGGGUGAUGCAACAUGGCCAAGUGAUUCAGUUGGAGAUAAGCACAAUGCUUCAAGAUUUGAUCCAAUGGGAAUAGUUGGUGAUGUUUCGCCUUUUUUACUUCCGAAUCCGAAAUCAGGAAGCAGCUCCACAAAACAUAAAAGUGAGAAAGCACGUUGCACUGACCGUCAACGCAGGCAACGUAUCGCUGAUAACCUCAAAGCCUUACAUGAAUUGCUUCCAAAUCCAGAAGGGGGUAGUCAAGCUCAAGCUUACAUAUUGGACGACAUCAUUGACUAUGUUAAAUACUUGCAGAAUCAACUCAAGGAACUAAGUGGAAGUAAAUUGCAAAGUGACUCAAAUGCUAUACCAUUAGUUUUUCAUGAGGGUUAUGGGCAUUAUAUAAAGGAUCAAAUGCUGAAUGAGCCACUUGAAGAGAUAAUGGGGAAACUAGUUGAAGAACAUUCAGCAGCAACAAGUCAGCUACUUGAAAGCAAAGGUCUUAUUCUACUGCCUAUUGCUUUGGUUGAAGAAUUGAACCAAGAUAGCUAG